AUGGGCAAGACCGACUCCACCGAAGCCCUUGUCCAGGAUGCCGCCUACGUCAACGGCGAGAUAAUCGAGAAUGCCUACGUUCAACCAGCCCAAGCUCUGUUAAUUCUUGGAGGAAAGAUUGUGGCCGUUGGCACCAACAAAGACGUGGCAGCUGUCACGCCAGUGGGAGUCAAGACCAUAGAUCUGAAAGGCGCCGUCGUGAUUCCAGGUCUCAUUGACAACCAUCCUCACCUCCUUCACUUUGCGGCUUUCAAAGCGCCACUGGUGGACAUCCAAGACGCCGCUAGCCAUGAAGAGAUCAUUGAACGCAUACGCGUCAGAGCUGCUGAGACGCCCAAAGGCAACUGGAUCAUGUGCACUCCGAUCGGCGAUGCGCAUUAUUUCCAGCGCAAGUCUUACAAGACACUCAAAGAAGGCACCUUUCCCAAUCGAACAGUUCUUGAUCAAGCCACAUCCGAUCACCCAGUCGGUAUUCAGGCCUGGGCGCUUGUUCUCCCAAAUAUCGCGUCGUUCAACUCCAAGGCUUUGGAGAUACUCGGCAUCACUAAAGACACGCCUGAUCGAGUAUCGGACGUUUUCAUCGAGAAAGAUGAGCAUGGAAUUCCGACGGGGAUUGUCCGCGGUCAUGUCACCAACUAUUACAACACCGACCCCUAUUGGCAGAAGCUUGCAGCUCUGAUGCCCCCAGUCAUUCAGCCCGAGUUACUGUACAAAUCCUUGGUCGACGCUAUGGCUGGCUACAAUGCGAUGGGGGUCACCGCUAUUCACGAAUCACACGCCAUGGACAUUAGUCAUGUGGAUUUCUAUAAGCUGCUGAAAGCGCAGAAUGCUCUAAGCCUACGUGUUCAAUGUUCUCACGAAUUAGAGCCCAGUGCUCUGGGUGGAGACAAGCCGCAGGAUCUAGAUGGCAUCAACGCCCGAUUGAGAUAUGCCUUGGACGACACUGAUCUAGAGGACGAUUGGCUCCGGAUAUGCGGUAUCACCACCUGCGCUUUCGGAUCUUCGUACUGCGGAUACUUCGCAGAGAAGAGGGGCUACCUUGGUCCAUUCGGCGAACGAACCACAGGAAAGCGCCAAAUCGAUGCCGCAAAAAUCGAGGCCGCUGUCGACUUCUGUGCUCGCACCGGGUUGAAGCUCAAUAUGUUAUCGUGCAGCCCCGACGAGCACGACGAAUACAUUCACCUGCUCAAGGAGGUUAAGAGAAAGUACGGCAUUGCGAAGCUCGAGUGGUUGCUCGAGCACGGCUACGUGAUGCGACCGGACCAGCCAAAACAGCUGAAGGACCUCGGAUUGGACAUCGCUGUAAGCUCAAGCUUUACUUACGGCAAGGGCGAUAUGAUCAUUGAACGCUUCGGUGAAGACUACAUAAGCCACCUCAACAUUUUUCGCUGCAUGUUCGACGCGGGCCUGAAGCCCGCAGCGUCCAUGGAUUUGGGCCCAACAAGCCCCUGGGAACAGAUGCAGCUCGCCGUAACACACACGCUGUCGAGCGGGCGGUCGAACGCAAACCUGUCUCAGGUUGUCAGUCGCGAGCAGGCUUACGAGAUGUGGACCUGCAACGGUGCGAGUGUAAUCCGUUGGCGAGGAAUUGGGGAUCUUGCGGUGGGGAGUCACGCAGACAUCGCAAUCAUCGACCGCAACCCAAUAACAUGUCCAAUCGAAAGUCUCCCGCAGACCCAGGUUUUACGGACGAUUGUUGGCGGAAAAGUAGUCUAUGACAGCGAGUCGCAUCUUCAACAGUGA